AUCAUAAUCUAACUAUUAAGAGUGCGUUAUAACCUGCAAGAAACAGGCACUAUAUAAAGAAACUUGGAGUCUCCUUCAAGAACAGGUUUCGGAAGGAGUUGAUCAUAACAUCUUGAGAUCUGUGUAGCAAGAAGCUCUGGGGCUAGAUGGAAUUUCAAACCCGCAAUUCAAGGACGAAUAUGGGAAACUGGAGCGUGACUUUCUUCUUCAUUCUUCAAACAUCGUCUACAACCAGGGUCCCGAUCGUGAAGCCUGCAAGGAGGGCUGGACUUGGAAUGCAAAAGAACCGAACACUGCUCCCGGGCUUUACUCUUAUGCCCAGACACCGACUUUCUGUCGCCGAACGGCGGAGUGUCCAACAACGAAAGUGUGAAGGUAAGGGCAUCAAUGCAUGCUAUACCCCGUUUAUGAAGAAAGAGGUGUGUUUCCAGCACUUACAAUUGUGCCUGGACGAUGGAAGUCAGUCUGUCAUCGUUUAUUCAAUACACGCUUCGUCCUUACUCGGUCUCCUCUAUUUUCGUGUAUCCUCAACGAAAGCUCGGGGCUCCAUGAACACGCUCGAGGCUCUAUGCCAAACAUCUAAAACAUUUGACUGCAUGCAUGCAAAGCUUGCGCGCAACACCUUAUUUUCAAAUCUUGGGACCCUCGCGGCUCACCUGACAAGAUUUGUAUGCGCGAACGGUUGGUAGGUAGUGUGACGAGAAAUGUACGUCGUCUGCACGCUGCGGGGACGGGCUACCGUUUGUCUUGCCGUACUACUUAUGCAUUGCGACUUCCUGUACCUGUAUGUACGGUGUGUUUCCGUCAAGCAGAUUUUUUUGGCGCGGGUGAGGAUCAACAAGGCGGUCGAGGGCGGCCGUCGAAGCCCAAUCAUCGCCACUCGGCCUCGCCCGUCUCGUCCCGCCCCGCGAUACUCAGUUGGCUGCCUUGUCUCCUGCG